UGCCGGAGUCCCGCCCGGGGCCCGCGCGCCGCUAGCAGCAUGUCUCGGCGCAAGCAGGCCAAGCCGCAGCACCUCAGGUCGGACGAAGAGCUGCCGCCGCCGGACGGGGCUCCCGAGCACGCCGUCCCCGGGGACGGGGCCGACGAUGGGGACAGCGGGAGCGAGGGCAGAAGCGGAGGCGAGGAGACAAACGUGUGCGAGAAGUGCUGUGCGGAGUUCUUCAAGUGGACGGACUUCCUGGAGCACAAGAAGACCUGCACUAAAAACCCGCUGGUGCUGAUUGUGAAUGAAGAUGAGCCGGCACCGCCGUCCGAGGAGUUUCCAGAACCUUCCCCGGCAAGCUCUCCCAGUGACCCGACGGAGAGCGAGGCUGCCGAGGAGCCGGCCCCCACAGAGAACGGCGAGGGCGGUGAGGUGAGGGCCCCCGAGAAGGAGGAGGAGCCCAUGGAAGCCGAGCCGGCUGGAGACAAAAGCUUCCAGAGCCCGGGCCCCUCACACCCAGGGAAGCCGCCUCUACCUCAGAUCCCCGAACCAGCUCCCGUGGCCGCAUACAGCAUGCCAAACACCAACGUGACCUUGGAGACCCUCCUGAGCACCAAGGUGGCCGUGGCGCAGUUCUCCCAGAACGCGAGGGCUGCAGGCAGCGUGGGAUCCAGCAGCGGGGUGACGGCGGUGGCCAUCCCCAUGAUCCUGGAGCAGCUGAUGGCCCUGCAGCAGCAACAGAUUCACCAGCUGCAGCUCAUCGAGCAGAUCCGCAGCCAGGUGGCCAUGAUGAACCGCCAGCCCCUGCGGCCGCCACUGAACCCCGGGGCAGCCACAGCGGCUCAGAGCGCCCCGGUGCCGGCCUCCAGCCAGCUCCAGGGGCUGGCCACCCAUUCGGCUCUGCAGCUCUCCGCCGGGCCCCCCCCUGUGCCCGCGGCUCCUGGCCCCACUGCCCAACCGGCUGCCUACGAGGGCCCCCAGCACCUGUCCCAGCCGGCCUCCGGGGCAAGCACCCCACACGUCCCCAGCGGGGGCCCUUCCGACACCGCCGAGGCUAGCGGGCCGGCGUCCUCCAGCGCGGCCCCGGCCUCCACCGCCCCGGCCUUGGCGGCCGGCACCUCCAGCAGCAGCUCACAGCCGCAGAACGCCUCCACGCCCCCCGCCCUGGGGCCGGGGCCCCUCCUCGGCUCAGCCCCCAGCCUGCCAAACCCACUUCUACCUCAGACCUCCGCCAGCAGCGUCAUCUUCCCCAACCCGCUGGUCAGCAUUGCGGCCACCGCCAACGCGCUGGACCCCCUGUCCGCCCUCAUGAAGCACCGCAAGGGCAAGCCCCCGAACGUGUCGGUGUUCGAGCCCAAGGCCAGCACCGAGGACCCGUUCUUCAAGCACAAGUGCCGAUUCUGUGCCAAGGUGUUCGGGAGCGAUAGCGCCCUGCAGAUCCACCUGCGCUCCCACACCGGCGAGAGGCCCUUCAAGUGCAACGUCUGCGGGAACCGCUUCUCCACCAAGGGCAAUCUGAAGGUCCACUUUCAGAGGCACAAGGAGAAGUACCCCCACAUCCAGAUGAACCCCUACCCCGUCCCAGAGUACCUGGACAACGUGCCCACCUGCUCCGGCAUCCCCUAUGGGAUGUCGCUGCCUCCAGAAAAGCCCGUGACCACCUGGCUGGACAGCAAGCCCGUGUUGCCCACGGUGCCCACGUCGGCUGGGCUGCAGCUCCCGCCCACCAUCCCCGGGGUCAGCAGCUACGCAGACUCCCCCAGCCUCACCCCUGCAAGCCGCUCCCCGCAGCGGCCCUCCCCCGCAUCUAGCGAAUGCACCUCUCUGUCCCCUGGCGUCAACAGCUCCGAGUCGGGCCUCCCAGGGACGGCCGAGUCCCCACAGCCAGCGCUCAGCGGGUCUUCUCUGACCAAAACCGAGCCCGUGAGCCUGCCUUGCGCGAACACCAGGGCAGGGGAGGUCCCCAGCGGCGGGCAGGUCUCCACCACGUCCGCGUCCGCGGCCCUGACGGACAACAGCAUCUCCACGGGCCUGUGCAGCCCGGUCCUUCCCGCCGGCUCGGACCAGUUCAAGGCAAAGUUUCCCUUCGGGGGGCUGCUCGACUCCAUGCAAACGUCAGAGACGUCCAAGCUGCAGCAGCUGGUGGAGAACAUCGACAAGAAGAUGACGGACCCCAACCAGUGCGUCAUCUGCCACCGCGUGCUGAGCUGCCAGAGCGCCCUGAAGAUGCACUACCGGACGCACACGGGGGAGAGGCCGUUCAAGUGCAAGAUGUGCGGGCGCGCCUUCACCACCAAAGGCAACCUGAAGACGCACUUCGGGGUGCACCGGGCCAAGCCGCCCCUGCGGGUGCAGCACUCGUGCCCCAUCUGCCAGAAGAAGUUCACCAACGCCGUGGUGCUGCAGCAGCAUAUCCGCAUGCACAUGGGGGGCCAGAUCCCCAACACGCCGCUGCCCGACGGCUUCCCGGACGCCAUGGACGCCAUGCACGCCGAGCUCCCCUACGGCGGGAAGGCGGCCGAGGCCCUCGGCGGCCACGACGACGACGCGGACGAGAACUCCAUGGAGGACGACGCCGAGCUGCGGGAGCCCGCCGGCGACGCGCCCCGGCCGCUCCUGUGCUACGCGGGGUCCUGCCCGCCCUCGCCGCCCUCCGUCAUCUCCAGCAUCGCCGCCCUGGAGAACCAGAUGAAGAUGAUGGACUCGGUCAUGAGCUGCCCGCAGCUGACCGCCUUGAAGGCCAUGGAGAACGGGUCCGGGGAGAGCGACCACCUGAGCAACGAGUCCUCGUCGGCCGCGGGCGACCUGGAGAGCCGGAGCGCGGGCAGCCCGGCCCUGUCGGAGUCCUCGUCCUCCGCGCACGCCCCGUCGCCCAUGAACAGCAACAGCGAGAGCUUGCACUCCAAGUCCCCGGGCCUCAGCAACCAGGAGGAGCCCCAGGAGGCGCCUCUGAAGCCCGAAAGGCCGGACAGCCCUGCCCCCGGCCCCGAAAACGGAGGCGCGCUGGACCUCACGGCGGCCCCGCCCGGCCGGCCGGCCAUCAAGGAGGAGGCCCCCUUCGGCCUGCUGUUCCUGAGCAGAGAACGGGGUAAGUGUCCGGGCGCUGUGUGUCGUGUCUGUGGCAAGCCCUUUGCUUGCAGGAGCGCGCUGGAGAUCCACCACCGCAGCCACACUAAGGAGCGCCCGUUUCUCUGUGCGCUCUGCGGGCGCGGGUGCUCCACUGUGGGUAACUUAAAGCAGCACUUACUGACGCACACGUUGGGCGAGCCGCCUUCUCAGUUCUGUGACCCCGACUUUGCCCUAGGUCCCGGCCCAGCCACUCCUAGCCUGGCUGCCGGCUCCGCGCCCGCCAUGAUCAAAAUGGAAGUGAACGGGCACAGCAAGGCCAUCCCGCCGGGCGAGGGCCCGCCGCUGCCGGCCGCCGUGCAGGUGCCGCCGGGGCCUCCGGCGGUGAUGAGCCCCGGCCUCGCGCCCAUGCUGGCCCCCCCGCCACGCCGCACACCCAAGCAGCACAACUGCCAGUCGUGCGGGAAGACCUUCUCCUCGGCCAGCGCCCUGCAGAUCCACGAGCGCACGCACACGGGAGAGAAGCCCUUCGGCUGCACCAUCUGCGGGAGGGCCUUCACCACCAAGGGCAACCUCAAGGUGCACAUGGGCACGCACAUGUGGAAUAACGCCCCGGCGAGGCGCGGCCGCCGCCUGUCGGUGGAAAACCCCAUGGCGCUGCUGGGUGGGGAUGCCCUGAAGUUCUCGGAAGUGUUUCAGAAGGAUCUGGCAGCGCGGGCAAUGAACGUUGACCCAAGUUUUUGGAACCAGUACGCUGCAGCCAUCACAAACGGUCUGGCCAUGAAGAACAAUGAGAUCUCUGUCAUCCAGAACGGCGGCAUUCCCCAGCUCCCAGUAGGUCUCGGUGGAAGCGCCAUGCCCCCCGUGGGUUCUCUGGCCGCCGGGAUGGACAAAGCGCGCACCGGCGGUAGCCCACCCACCGUGGGUUUGGACAAGGCAAACUCCGAAUCGGGAGCCGGCCGUCCGUUCACGAGGUUUAUUGAGGACAACAAGGAGAUUGGCAUUAACUAGCUGUGCUCGGGCUCCGCCUAU